GAGUUGUCUUUAAUUGAUUGUGGAAUAUCCAGUUUAAAAGACUUGCCUCUCCAGUCUCACCUUCUUACAGUCAAUCUACACAGUAAUUACAUUCAAAGAUUGGAGAAUCUGUCACGCCUGUCACAGUUAUGUCAUCUUGAUGUUUCUUCAAAUCAGAUCUCUAGAAUUGAAGGUUUAGAAGGUCUGAGAAGUCUACGUACUCUGAAUCUAUCAUGUAAUAUGAUAACAGUUGUAGAAGGCUUGUCACAUUUGAAAUCCUUAGUAAAAAUUAAUUUGAGUUUUAAUCAGAUAGAUGAUGUCAGUGGUUUUAAAUUGAUGAGUGGACCUGAAUUUAAACUUUCACAGAUAGAAUUACAGGGGAAUCGAAUUAGAUCAGCAGUACGUCUAGCUCAUAGUCUCAGUCAAUGUUGUAAUUUAAAGAGUAUGACACUCUUCCAGGAUGGUUCCAGUAAUCCAGUAUGUCACCAAACAGGCUAUAGAAGUGAUCUGUUAACACGUCUGCCACAAUUAAACUCUCUAGAUGGUAGAGAUAGAAAUGGUCAAGUGAUUGUACAACAGGAUAUCAUGGCUGACAUUCCAGGUCUAGAAGGAUAUAUGGAUUAUUUGUUAUCCACCUCUUCAUGUAGCUCUGUCCAUGUAAGAGUUUUUUGUAUUUCAUUUCAGGAGAAUCAGAUAAUGAAUGUAAUCACACCUAAAAUAGAUGAAGCUAUGGAAUCAUUUAAAAGACGCUGUCAAAUGUCUUAUGAUACAAACACAUCA